AAUGCGUAGGAACCGGAAGUGGUGGUGACGUCACGGCUGCUCUCGAAUUCCCAGUGCAGGACAACAACUGACUGACUGAAAUAAAACUUUGACAAACUCUUCCAAAAAGCCGCUUGAAAGUGUUUUAAAGUUCCCCUCCGUGAUGCGCGGGUGUGUUUGAAGCGGGCUGGCCGUGUGGCAGAUGUGGACUGGCCGUUAGUGGCGGAUGGAGUCGGGCUUCGGGGUCCAGCGGAGGGCCGGUGGAGGCUCACCCGCUGUGGGAGCUUCGCAGCGCCGCAGGAAGAUGCCGCCCAGAGCCGCUGAUUAUAAACUACAGGUGAUCAUCAUCGGCUCCCGCGGUGUGGGAAAGACCAGCCUUAUGGAGAGAUUCACGGAUGACACCUUCUGCGAGGCGUGCAAGUCCACUGUGGGUGUGGAUUUUAAAAUCAAAACAGUGGAGCUGAGAGGAAAGAAGAUCAGGUUACAGAUCUGGGACACGGCAGGUCAGGAGAGGUUUAACAGCAUCACGUCGGCGUAUUAUCGUGGCGCCAAAGGCAUCGUGCUGGUCUAUGACAUCACCAAGCAGGAAACCUUCGAAGACCUGCCUAAAUGGAUGAAGAUGAUAGACAAGUAUGCGUCAGAGGAUGCUGAGCUCUUAUUGGUCGGGAACAAACUGGACUGCGAGUCUGAUCGCGCCAUCUCACGACAACAAGCUGAGAGAUUUGCUUCACGGAUAUCAGGGAUGCGUUUCUGUGAGGCCAGUGCCAAGAAUAACUUUAACGUGGAUGAGAUUUUCCUUAAACUAGUUGAUGAUAUUUUGAGUAAGAUGCCACUUGAAGUCCCCAGUCGAGAGCUGUCCAACAGUGUCCUGUCCCUUCAGCCCGAACCUGAAUUCCCACCAGAGCUGCCUCCACCUCGCAUGCGCUGCUGUUGAGACUCGCUUCAUGCUUUAUUUAGAAACCCAACACCUCCUUCCCUCUUAUAACCCCACACAUGCUGUUACAGACUCCCGCCAGCAGGGGUCCAUGUCCUGAUGAGCCCAUAUGCUUGAUGAGAUGAUGGCCUGUCCUUACCAGAGAGCAUUUAAUCAUCCCUCGCUAUAGAUUUCACACCGUGCAAAUAAUUACAGUCCAUAUUUUGGUACUUCUAGAUCAUCCGUAUCAUCACACACAUUUUUGACGGCCCAUGCAUACACUACCUCAUUUCUGGGAAGCACACGAUUGCGUUGAUCUGACACGUGCCUUUCCUAUGGGAUACCGCUGCACACACGCCUCAUACUCCUCUUUAUGUAGUUUACAUCAUCACUUACUCUAACUGAAACCAGAAAUUACCGUUUAUAUUGCACGACGGAUACUUUCACUUCCCUUCACGUCGUUUCAAGCACUCAUGGAAAACGAUCCCGGUCUCAAAUUAAGAAGCUCUCUUCCAAAUCGAUGUGGCAUUAAAAGCGAAGUGGAUCUACAUUUCAUGCCUAGUGGAGUUAAUUUGUUUCCUCGAGGUGGUUUGUUCGGCCCAUUAUUAAUCACCAGCAUGUUUGGGGGUUGAAAUGACUUUACGCCGUACGUUCUAUCAUUGUUACUGUUUUUGAGUUUGGAUUUUGCGUUAUCCGUUGUGUUUUGCACUACAAUCCAUUCGUAGCUAGUUUACGAACGUUAGUGAAGGACCUGUGUACAGAAGACUAACCUUAUUAUUCAGAGUUUUGUUAUUUAGUAGCCCUGUUUCAGUGUCAUUUCACUCGAGUAGAAUAAAGGAAGGUUGUUAAUCGGGUGAUUGUUUUAUGAAUUGCUCUCGCCGAAAGGGCUAUUUCUCCGUGGAGAGUAAAAAGGGACAUUUAGGAGGAUCACUUGUUCUCUUCAGUUGAAAUCACUAUGCCUCCGCGUUCCUGGAAAAAAACACUGAUUUACGUUGAAUUGAGUUAUUUGCCUGUGUUAGAUGAAGGACGUCCGACUAGGAAUGAUUUAGUUGUGUAAUAUAACAAAACUUUAUAACUGGUGUUUGAUUGGAAACACUAUUUUAAGCUGGCACUAGAUAUGCUGUGCAACUGGUUUUGAGGAAUAUGAUGCCUUUUUCAUAGCAACUGUCCAAAAAA